AUGCAGAUUGCAGACCGUAACUACAAGCUAAGGCUGUACCAAGAGUCCUCGAGGAAACGACAUAUCUCUGCCGCUGCCGAUGUAGAUUCAUCCUUAUGGUACCGCUAUGCCCCGCUCCAGAACAGGCACAUCCGCCUGCUACACCUCGAGCCCAGGUCCGAUAACGACGCGCUCGCCUUUUCCCUUACCCUACACUCCCUGGACGGCCCGCUCCCGGAGUACGAAGCCCUGUCGUACACGUGGGGGGACGCCUCGGAGACGCACAAUGUGGCCUGCAGCGGCGAGGCAGGAGGAGAAGGCCUGCUGCAGAUAACGGGCAACCUCUUCAAGGCCCUGCGCCGGCUCCGCGGCAAGGGCCGGCGCCUCGUCCUCUGGGUCGACGCCGUCUGCAUCAACCAGGGUGACGUCGGCGAGCGCAGCGCCCAGGUGCAGCUGAUGGGCGACAUCUACCGGUCCGCGGCCUCGGUCGUCGUCUGGCUUGGCGAGAGUGCGAACGACAGCUCCGUCGCCUUUGCGCUCGCGCGCCGCCUCUGCGCGGCGGCCGCGGCGACCCCCCUCGGCGACAGGGACAGGCCGCUGGACUCGGACGGCGAGCUCGCGGCGCUGGGCCUCCCCGCCUGGACGGCGCCCGACUGGAAGUCGCUGGACGUGCUCUUUUGGCGGCCGUGGUUCACGCGAAUAUGGGUCGUGCAGGAGAUUUGCCUGGCCUGGUCCGCGACCGUGUACUGCGGCGCGGACGAGAUCGCCUGGCGCGACCUGGCGCUGGCGGUCCGGUAUUUCGAGGUGCGCAACAUAGGGCGGCACGUCAGCAUCGACGCCAUCAACAUGCAUUCCAUGGACCGCGUCAGGUUCCGCAUGCGCCCGGAUGAGUGGGGUCAUCCCGAAGCGGCUUCGCAGCCACCGCCGCCGCUAAGCUUGAACUUCCUCCUGAGGCAGUUCCGCAACUCGCUGGCCACGCAGCCGGUUGACAAGGUCUACGCCAUGCUCGGUUUGGCCGCUGACGGGGGCGACUUCGUGGUCCCCGACUACAGCAAGCCCGUGGCCGAGGUGUACCGCGAGCUGGCCAGGAGCCUUCUCGAGCAGUCACAGUCACUUGAGGUCCUAAGCCUGGUGGGGGACCCAAUGUGGAAAGGUGUCGACGGCCUGCCGUCCUGGGUGCCCGACUGGUCGACCAUGAUGCGCGAGCGUCCCUACCUGGUCUCCGCUGUCGCGUUAGCGUGCAACGCAUCUCCACCACUACCGGUGACCGGCCGUGCUGCCGUCGGGUUCUCUGGGGAUGGGACUCGACUCCAGCUAGAGGGCGUGCUGCUGGACCGGGUCCGGCGCGCGGGCUCCCCGUCGGUGAUCAACCCGAACCGCCCCGGCUUGAUGCCACUGUCGAGCAGAAUCAAGUGGGUGGCAAGCUUGGCGCGCGAAAGAAAGGAGAAGACGAGAGCGGCCGACAUGCUUACGUGGGAGCGGCUCGUGCUGGACAUGGGCGAGCGCUACGCGGCGACGGGAGAGGAUAUGGGGACUGUUUUUCUCAGAACGCUGGUGGCCGACACCUGGGAGGUGUCAGCGGGCGAUGGUGCACUGAGGGGGGGAGAAGCAGAUAACGAAGUUGCGACAACCGACAAGUCCGCCAUACUAGCAGGGGCCUACGCCGCGUACCGCCAGGUGUACAUGUACUGGCACUCGGGCACCACGCUGACCCCCGCGGUGGAAAAUGCGGCGUACAACUACAACAUAGCGGUCAUCCGCGCCUCCUUUCAGAGGCGGCUAAUCAUCACCGAGCGGAGAGGGCUUGUCGGGCUCGGCCCCAGGUCCACAAAGGUCGGCGACUGCGUCGUGCUCUUCCGCGGCGGCAAGACGGCGUACGUGCUGCGGGAAUGCCCUUCUAAAAGCCCGGGCGGAAGCGGCUGCUACGAGUUCAUCGGGGAGUCGUACGUUCAUGGCAUGAUGGCGGGCGAGGGCUUUGCGGGAUCACCGGAUCUACGAUGCUUCGAGAUCGUGUAGCGAAGAGGUACUUAAGUUUACACUUGUUCCCACAGUUAUAGCAUCAGGGGGCGGAGGGUAUCGCAACAGUUAUCACGGGCACGCAAUGGCGGACACCAUAAACGCAGCAGCGAUGACUACAUAUUAUAUUGCGACGGCCCCGAAACCAGGC